ACUCUCAUAUGUUUGGUAGUUUCCUUGUCUUGGAAUCGGAUAUCUACAAAACUCGAUCAUCAACUGAAACAUAUGUUUUUUGUUCCUGUAGGAGCCAUUAACUAAUCCAUUUAGAGCUAACGUGGGACAGUUAUCCCAUUCUCUUUCACCCAUUACGACAUGAGUUUUUGUCGAAAACUGUACUGUUUUUUUUUACCCCUUUUCAUUUUAUAUUUUUUCAUCAAUCAUAUAAUUCAUAUUUGUCUGUCAAGCAAACUCACCGAAAGCCACACCCACACUCCUCACUCUCUCAUGUUCCCUCUCUCCUCAAAAGCAAGAAAGAGAGUGGUGUGGAAAGAAGUAAGGGACCAGGAACUGGGAAAAACGAGAGAGAGAGAGAGAGAGAGAGAGAGAGAGAGAGAGGCAGUAACCGGGCGCACAAUAACCGAAGAAUGACAUCGAGGGCUAACUUCAACGGGGAGCACCGAGCACCGCGGCGCCCACCGCCAGCACAGCCCAACCACCAACACUACUACCCAACGACGUCUUCCUCCGCCUCCUUCAAAGGUUGCUGCUGCUGCCUCUUCCUCUUGUUCUCCUUCUUGGCCCUCCUAAUCCUGGCCGUCGUUUUGAUCAUCAUCUUGGCCGUCAAACCCAAGAAGCCCUCCUUCGAUCUCCAACAGGUCGGCGUCCAGUACAUGGGCAUCAACACGCCCACUCUCUCUACCGCCUCCGCCCCAGAAACCAACCCCUCAACGAACCCCACCACCUCCGCCUCCCUUUCACUCAACAUACGGAUGCUCUUCACGGCGGUGAAUCCCAACAGGGUCGGUAUCAAGUACGGCGAGUCCAGGUUCACCGUCAUGUAUCGUGGGAUCCCGUUGGGAAAAGCUUCGGUUCCCGGGUUCUUCCAGGAGGCCCACAGUGUCAGAAAGGUGGAGGCCACCAUCGCCGUUGACCGUGUCAACCUGCUUCAAGCCGACGCUGCCGAUUUAGUCAGGGACGCUUCCUUGAACGACCGCGUCGAGCUCAGGGUCCUGGGUGACGUCGGCGCUAAGAUCCGCGUCUUGAACUUCGAUUCCCCCGGUGUUCAGGUAUCGGUGGACUGUGCAAUAGUGAUAAGUCCAACGAAGCAGUCUCUCACUUACAAGCAGUGCGGUUUUGACGGUUUGAGUGUCUAAAGGCACUCACCACACCUUAACAGUAACAAGUUCCUCCUCCUCUACUCCUUGCUCUCACUCUUUGGAUUGCUUUUUUCAUUUUCGAUCCACAAUUAGAGAGGAAGAUGAGAGAGGCACGAAACAAAGAAGGCUGGAAACAACCUCUCGCAUGGGGAUGGAAUAGUUCCUAAAGCAAAGGCAGCUGAAUUUUACAAAAUUACCAAAAAAAAAAAGAAAGAAAGAAAGAAAAAACUUUCCCAAAGAUUUUUGCAGAAAAGAAUUUCAAAAAUUGGCAUGUUAAGUUUGAUGAGGGAGAGUUUGGUAAGUGCGUGUAAAGUGUAAAUGUAAAAGUGUGGCAUUUGAGGGCAUUUAAAAAUUGCACAACAUCAUCAUCAUCAACUUAUGUUGCCGCUCCACCACCGGUAGAAGGGAAUGAAUCCUAGAAUAAGAAUUCCCUCUCCUCGAGACUACAAAAACAUGCACAAAGAUGUAAUAAUGCUUCAGCCUUGAAUCUGCCAAAUGAGAGCAACAAGAGUUGGAUGAUUUUUGUGCGA